CACAGAAGCCAUCCAAAAAGAAUAGCCACCAUGAGAAGGUGCGUGGUGACCUGCUGGAUAGCAGUUCUGUUUAUCCUCCUGCUGAUUGAUGAUUCCCUGUCUGGAAGGUCCAGCAGCAGCAGCAGCAGGUCCAGCAGCAGCAGGUCCAGCAGCAGCAGCAGCAGGUCCAGAGGCAGCAGCAGGCCCAGCGGCGGCAGUAGGCCCAGCGGCGGCAGUAGGCCCAGCGGCGGCAGUAAGCCCAGCGGCGGCAGUAGGCCCAGCGGUGGCAGCAGGCCCAGUGGCGGCAGCGAGCCCAGUGGUGGUAGUAGGCCCAACGGCGGCAGCAGGCCCAGUGGCGGCAGCAAGCCUGAUUCCUCCUUCCCUAGCAAACCGGAUUCUAACAAGCCUGGUUCUUCCCCAAUCAAACCUGGUUUUGCCCCCAUCAAACCAGGCUCCUCCCCAGUCAAACCUGGCUCCCCUGCAGGAAACCCUGCUAACCCCCCACACAAUCCUGCUUUCCCACAAAACCCUGCUCCCCCCCCACACAAUCCCAACUUCCCACAAGCUCACCCCCCUCAGUACCCCCCACAAAACCCCAACUUCCCACAAAACCCAGCUCAUCCUCCCCAGCACUACCCACAAAACCCUGCUUACCCACCACAAAACCCCAAUUCCCCACAAAACCCAGGUUACCCGCAGAACCAUCCACAAAACCCUGCAUACCCCCCUCAAAACCCUGGCUACCCACAAAACCCUGCUCACCCCCCACAAUUUCCCCCACAAAAUCCCGCUUACCCCCCACAAAACCACAACUAUCCACACAACCCUCAACCCCCACCAUACCCUGGUCAACCCCCACCAUACCCUGGUCACCCCCCACCAUACCCUGGUCACCGGCCACAAUAUCCUGGUCAGCCACCACAGCAUCCUGGUUAUCCCAUAAAUCCUGGCUUUCCCAGCCGUACAGGAGGAGACAGCUGGGGCCAUCAUGACACUAAGCCAUGGAAACCCAAGAAGCCCAAGACGAAGCAUCUGGUGGGAGCAGCUGUUGCAGGAGCUGCUGCAGGAGCUGUGGGCGGCUACCUCUUAGGCAAUGCCAUGUCUAACUUGCGUUUUCGUUUUCACAACCCUGCUGAGGAACGGUGGUGGUAUGAAAACCGAAAUCGUUAUCCCGAUCAAGUUUAUUACCCACAGUACAAUCAGCCGGUUGUGAGGGAUGUGUUUGUGAGAGACUGCGUCAAUAUCACUGUGCGAGAGUAUAUCGAGCCCACUGGAAACCAAACAGGAGAUGAGAUCGAAACCACUGUAGUGACUCGAGUGGUACAUGAGAUGUGCACUGAGCAGUACCGCAUGGUGUCGGGUGCUGCAGAGGGAGGUAGUUGGAGCCGUUAUAAUACUGAACCAUGGAAACCUAAGACACCCAAGCUUGAGAUGCCGCAAGUGGCAAAAGAAACGGUUACAGUUGCCCCAAGGGGAGCAAUUGUUGGCCCCCUCUUAGGCAGUCCCAUGUCAAAUAUGAGUUUCCAAUUUAACAACACCGAUGACGAACAGUGGUGGUAUGAGAAUCGCAAUAAUUAUUCGGACCGAGUUUACUAUCUGGAGUACAGCCAACCUGUUUUGCAGGAUGUCUUUGUGGGAGACUGCAUGAACAUUACACUGGAGAAGUUUCUUGAGCCCACCGGGAAUCAAACGGUCGAUGAAAUGGAGGAGAGGGUUGUGAAACAAGUGGUCCACAAGAUGUGCACAGAGCAGUACUGGCUGGUGUUGGGCGUUGCUGGAGGAGGUUCCCGGAGCCAUCAUAAUAGCGAACCAUGGAAAUCUAAGACAGCCGAUCCCAAGAUGGACAAUGUGGAAGAGGAAGCUGCAGUUAUCGCCAGUAGCCGCUUAGAAAAUGCCGCAUCUCAGUCCGACUUUAACAAGGAUGACAAGGAAACAUUCGGUUCAGGCAUUACUAUGCUUCUGGCCAACCCUUCCCUGCUUUGGAUCAACACAUUCGCCUUCUGUUUCCUGUCACACUAAGGUCACACAGAUGAAGCCUCUCUGUUGUUGUCAAUCUAGCUGAUGUUCAGAAAGAGCGAGAUCUAUCUUAUGCGAUUACAUAGCAUUAUAUAACGGCUUGCCUUGUAGUUCCUGUAACGCUAUGUAAUGCAAACUUUUUUGUGUGUGGUGAACGUAUUCUUGCUUAUGCACCUUUUUGGUGGCAUAGCUUUAUGAGCAAUUAUAUCUGUUGAAUUAUAGAGAACAUACAAGCUGC